AUGUCUAGUAGUACAAAUACACAAGAAUCUGAAAAUGCAAUGUGUAAUAUUUUAAGAUCUACAAGACAUGUUUUGGCUAUGGAUAUCUUUGUGAAUGAAUUAACAUUAGCAUUUCUUAAACUUCGUGUAGGUGAGACAGUUGAAAUUCUUUAUGAUCUGAGUAGUGGAGCUGAAGCUAUAAGAAUAGGUUAUGAGUUUUUAAGGCAGAUUAUAGCUAUUAUAAACAUUGCUACUCUUGUUCAUAUUGAGGCCCUUGUACAAAUACUUUAUCAAAUUCGCAACUGUUCUUGUCAUAUUAUUUCUAUGUUCUAUCAGAAAAAUUCUAAUGAGCUUUUUCAUUCACUAGGUCAUGAAAAUAUUCGAGCAGAACUUGAAAGUGCUCGACCUAAUAAUUUACCUACAGCAAUAAAAGGACAUCGUGAAUGGAAUAAUAAUAUUAUUUCUUAUAAAGUUAAUAAGUCUCUAGCUAUAAUAACAUUUAUUGAAGUUGAGCAUCAGAAAUACUUUUCUGCAAGAUAUUUUAUUGAGAAGCUUUGUAGUCUUAUAGCCAGUACUAUUAGAGUUGAAGCAUUAGUUAUCAAAGAAACAGAUUUUAACGCAGUUGCUACUUCUCAGAAUCUUGGUUCUGAAGAAGCUGAAAAUUUUAAUGCAAUAGAAGGUUUAGUUGCUAAAGACUUUGCACAGUGGGAGGAUACCUGUUAUAAAGCUGAUGAGAAUUUAGAAAAAUCAGUAGCAGAGAACUUAUGUAAAAACUAUUCAGCAAAUUAUUAG